CAGGGCUCAGGUUACAUUCGCGAGCAGAGCGGAGCGCGGGAGAGAGGACCCGAGAGCAGACUUGCUGGUUCGGCGCGGGUCGGCGGGCGCCUCAAGGCCCCAGAGUCCCCACCCAGCAUCACACAGACCCCACCCCCACCCUGCGCCAGCCUCCACCCCAGCCAAGGACCCCCAACACCAGCAUGGACUGCUGCACCGAGAGCGCCUGCUCCAAGCCCGACGACGACAUCCUAGACAUCCCGCUGGACGAUCCUGGUGCCAACGCGGCUGCUGCCAAAAUCCAGGCGAGUUUCCGGGGCCACAUGGCGCGGAAGAAGAUAAAGAGCGGAGAACGCGGCCGGAAGGGCCCGGGCCCCGGGGGGCCGGGCGGAGCUGGGGGCGCCCGGGGAGGCGCGGGCGGAGGCCCCAGCGGAGACUAGGCCAGAACUGAGCGUUUUCGAAGUUCCCUAGGAGAGAUGGAUGCCGCGUUCCCUUCGCAGUGACGAGACUUCCCUGCCGUGUUUGUGACCCCUUCCUUCCCACCAACCUGCCAGCUUCAGGAGCCCUCCCUGCGUCCCCAGAGACUCCCUCUCCCAGGCAGGCUCUGUCGAGGAGUCGCUAAGUCCAUGGCUUUUUACUUAGUUCUUCAGUAUAGUAUGGUCCCCAUUUGCCCUCCCUCCCCACCCUGCCCCCAAACCCCGCGUUCCCAAAUCUUCCUUUUGCUUCUCGCCCACCUCUCCCCGCACCCAGCAUGCCGCUCUGCCUCCGCAGCCUCCGUGCGCCUCCCUUUGCGCAUUGCGGAAGGCGCCCUAAGAGUCGUCCAAGUACACUCCCUUAAAAAAAGAAAAAAGUUCUUUCGUUCUGUGCGCAGCUGAAAGGGGCGCCCUGCGUCUCUGUGCCGUUCCCGCCCCAGCCUAGCCCCAGAACUUUGGAUCUGGGGCCAGGAGAGACGGGAAGAGGGUGUUUAUGGUGUCGGAUACCCCUUGCUCUGACCAGAAGGGAAGUCCCAAUUUCGCACCCCAUCCCUACGCCUGCCUGUCAUCUGCCCUCCCCUCUCACCAGCUCACCCUGAGAGCCGCCUCUCCAGCUCUUGUCUGCUCAAACGCCUAGCGCCUGGGAGGCUCGGUAGGAGGAGUCUGCCGCGGCCCCGCCCCUGCCCCUGCUGGCCCCGCCCCCGCCGGGCUCCUGGGGUUGUGGCCGGAAGGUUUUUUUAUCUCCGUGUGUGCAUGUGACCGUGCUGGGUUGGAAUGUGAACAAUAAAGAGGAAUGUCCAAGUGU